AUUCCAAAGAUGGCGGACCCCUUGUGUCUGCUGUCUUUGGUCUUCAUUCUUUUGUUAUACAUUGAUAGAGGGAAGUGCAGCUUUUCAUUAGAGAAAUGUAAUGAGCUUGGCUUUAAUACAGGCCUUAUGUGCAGUGCCUGUAAAGAACUAGGUCAAUUUAACUUGAAACAGUUGGAGGAAUCAUGCCUUGCCUGUUGUGAUGAAGACACUGACUCAGGAAGUGACAUCAAGACCUACCCUUUUGCUGAGCUUCAUGUGUGCAGCUGAAAAUUAGGAAGGUUUCCACAGGUUCAAGCAUUUGUCAAGAGUGAGCGUGUCGCACAGUUUCCCGGAUUAAGCGUGAGGUACGUCCGCGGCUCAGACCCAGUCAUCAAGUUGUUGGAUGAGAGACGCAAUGUGGUUGAGACUCUUGGAAUUGACAAAUGGAACACAGACUCUGUGGAAGCCUUCUUUCAAGAAAGAUUGAAGUAAAGGGCUGGUCCCUUUAUUUUGAAACACAUGCCUCUAAAGUUUACUAUCUGUUUCACAGAAAUAUUCUGAAAUUAUCAUUGCUCUAGGUAUAUAAUAGAAAUGUCACCUGCUUAGACAGCAAUAUCAUAUUCUGGAGUACAUGUGAAAUUGGUGCAGAAUCACUAGGCUCUCUAUGAAGGUCUGGCAGUAAAGCCAUACAGGUAUGGCAGACUGGAUGUCUACGAACCUAUGAUUCCUAACUUUUGUGGCAUGAUAUUAAUACUUGUAUAAUGAACAUUUGAUUAAGUUAUUUUACAUUGUUCAGAUUUAUACAAACAUAUGCAUUAUCACUGAAUAAGAGACUUUCUGAAAAAUGUGAUUUUUUAAAAACAAAAUUUUUAAGGCAUUAAUAUUUGAGUUUUAAAAGUUUCCUUUUUCUGAACCUUCAAGCUUUGAGGAUUAAAAUUUGAGAACUAUAAUGACACUUGAACAUAAAUACAUCUACAUUAAACCAUUGCUUUAAUUCACUGUAUGAGAGUGGAAGUACUUAAAUCUAUCAAAAUCAUAUUUCAUGAUCAUGUAUGAAUAAAUCUAAAAUUUAACAUUGUUACAA